GUUGAUCGGGGUGUCAGGAAGUGAUGGCGUACAAUCCAUGCCUAGGUCUCCCUCGGGAGUGGGUUUAGAAUAAUCAUGCACACGUUUCACACUGUCCGCCAUUCUAUCAGAUUUUCUUAGGUAACGCUAUACUUAAAUGUGAGUUUCGAUCAGCGUGCUCAAAUGGCUGCAACACACGUUCUAACAGGCAAAACAGAAGUAAAAAAUUUUCGCUCCGGCUUGAAAACUUCACAGAAUUCUUAUGAAUACAUAUGCAUUAGUAUUAGUAACGUCAAACAUUAAGGAAGGUCAAAUGAGAUCAAGUUUUGCACGAAAGUUUGUAAGAGACAAACAACAGUUCGACUACUGAGACGCCAUCUUGGCCCGGUUCCCCCACUUUAAGAUUGUUGUGAUUUCCAACUUAACGUUAACCGCUGUGUUUACACAAAUAUACAAGGUUUUAUCUUAUGUCACUUUAAUGUGACAUAAGAUUGAUAAAACAGCAAAUUAUAUCGUUAGUAAACUUCACUGGAUAUGAAUGUUAUCGUUUGAAAGGACCAGUUGAGGUUUUUUUUUUUUAUUCCAUUCCGCGCGAGCCUUUAUGACGUCACACUUCGCCGUUGAAGACUAAAAAAAGCGACUGGUUUGGAGAGUGUACGAGAACCCUGUGUACACCCCAAAGACUCCCCCAUCAUGACGGAGAACCGUCAACCGGCGCCGGUUGGUGCUCUUGAGACCGAUGUAGGGAGAAAGAUGAAGAGCUUCUGGAAGUGGGCCGCUCUUCACUUUGUUUCCCGCAGAAAGGGAACAUAUGACCUGGCCAAAGCUGAGGAGAAAUACGGGACAGAGGCAGAAACACAGUGGAGAGAUAACGAUGGUCCAGCUCCUGGAGACCUCCUUGAUGCUAAAGAACAGCAGAAACGCAGCGUCCUGGACAAGAACCAGAGUGAACUCUGUGUACAUCCUAAAGAUGGCCCCAUCACGUCAGAGAGCCAUCAUCCUCAUCUGUCUGUUAGUGCUGCUGAGAUUGAUGAAGGGAGAGAGGAGGAGGAGAAGAAGAAGAAGAAGAGCUUCUGGAAGUGGGCCGCUCAUCACUUUCCUUGCAGUGGAGCUGGAAGAUAUAAUCUGUCCGAAGCCGAGGAGAAAUGCUGGAAAGAGGCGGCAACACAGUGGAGAGAUAGCGAUGAUCCAACUCCUGAAGACCUCCUUGCUGCUAAGGAACAGCAGGAACACAGCGUCCUGGACAAGAGCCAUAUUUGCAGGCAAUAUAAAAUCGGCUGCAAGCUGGGUGAAGGAGGGUUUGGCUUUGUGUAUGAAGGGACCCGCCGCAAGGAUGGACUUCAGGUGGCUAUAAAGUUUUCAAAUAAGAUGCCAACCACGACAUCUAUCAGAGUGCCUGGUCAUCUCAAACGUCUGCCAAUGGAGAUUGGCCUGAUGCUCAUGGCCAACAAUGGACCCAGCGUUUCCCAGAUCAUUAAGCUGUUUGACUGGGAGGAUGACAAAGAUCACUACGUGAUAGUCAUGGAGCGACCAGUGCCUUGUGUGGAUUUGUUUAGUUUUUUGAAACUUUGUGGAGGAAGCCUUGAUGAGGGCAAGGCACGAUGUAUUAUGUUGCAAGUCAUUGAAGCCGCUAAAACUUGCUGUGAUCGUGGCGUCUUCCAUCAUGACAUAAAACUACAAAACCUUCUGGUGAACCAGGACACCAUGGAGGUCAAAUUAAUUGACUUCGGGUGUGGUGCAGUCAUGAAGAAAUCUGCCUUCAAAUCCUUUAGUGGCACGAGAAUGUACUGUCCACCUGAGUUCGAAGCCAAAGGCAUGUGCCAUGCAAAGCCGACCACAGUGUGGACUCUUGGGAUUCUUCUGUUCGUAAUGGUGUGCGGCCAUUUUCCCACAUACCUCGAUGUGAGCUUGAUCAGUCAGAAAAGCUGGAUCAGGCUCAUCCUGACACAUGAAUGCUGCCAGAUGAUUUGUGAUUGUCUGCAUCAGGAUCCACAGAAGAGACUCAGUCUGGACGAGAUGCAUCUCCACGACUGGUUUAAGUACACGAAGUAAAACACAAAGAACCUCAGAAAACAACUCCUGUGAUGGCCACCCUGUUGUUCUCAGGCAGCUUUGCGUCUGGCGGACUGACCAUCAUAUAUAUUUAAAAAAUGAAAAAGAAAACCUGUAAUAAAAUUUAUAAGAUCUUUAUAAGGAAAUGUAUAAGGAGUUUAGUUAGAAGACGCAUGUGACGAGGGGGGCGUGGUUCAGCAAAGUCUGCAGUGGGAGAGAAGGUCCGGAGACGAGAGGUGAGUAAGUGGGGUAAGUGUAAAAUGAUGAACACCUGUGUCUUAUUGCAGUAAUUUGCCUGGACCUGGAGAGACCUGUUAAAAGAGAGGGUGGAAAAUAUGGUGAGAGAGAGAGACGGACGGAGACUCUGACACUGCUCUUCUCAGAAUUAAAAUUGGGCCUUUAAUGGUUUUUUGUGAAGUUUAUGAAUAAAAAUUAACAGCGUCACCAACGCCAACCCUGGUCACUUCCCUUUUCCCACUAUGAACUUUUGAUAUAUUUUUUUUUAAUUUGUAUUAUUUAUAUUGUGCUGUUCCCUUGUAGAAGUUCAUAGUACAUUCCUCUACAGUCCUUUAGGCUCCUGCAAAAGUCAUUUUGGUCAUGUCUGAAUAUGCUGUGGUCUGUCAUAAACUCAGGCCAAAUUCUACUGUAAUCUGCCAUCUAUAUCCCUUCAAAAUGAACUGCAAACAAAGAUAAUUAAAAACUAUAUUUUUGAGAUUAGUAAUGUGUUCACCUUGAGAUAAAUGCCCAAGCAUCAAAAAUUCAUGCA